AUGUCGACGAUGGGAAUAGUGGUGGGGCAUUCGCACUCGGUGCAGUUCGUGCUGCGGCCCGGCGACGGCGCGAUCAUCCACGCGAGUAAAGGAGCGGUCAGGGCGCUCGGUUACUCGCGCGACGAGCUGCUAUCGACGUCUCUUCUCCGCCUGGCUGCGCCUUUCCCGCUCAGCGACUGGCGCGCGGUCGUGCAGCGCCUAGAGUCGGCGCAAAUCGAAUCCGUCGCGCUCCCCCUCACCCUCACGUGCCCCGCCGCUGCACCCGCCGCCGCUUCUGCCUCGUCCGCCGGGGCUGCUGCUGCCGCGGCGGCGCUUCUAGGUGCGGGGGAAGGCGCAUUCGGCGGGGGGGACGGAGGAGGCGGAGGGGGGGUAAGGGGCGGAGCAGCAGGGGGAGUCCCUUCCGAAGGGGGAAGCAUUUCGCAGCGGAAUCCUCACUUUUCUGCGCUUUCCGCGCAUGUAGGAGAGGCGGAUGGGAUAUCGAAGGGUAAAUCAGGCGAAUUGUCCGCUCUGGCCUCGUAUCCCGGCACCCCCGGAGGCUCGUUCACACUUUCCGGGGGAACUUCCCCAUUUAGGGUUUCUAGCCCCACCCCGUCCACCUCGCCGUACGCUCUAGACCCCCUUGCGGCGAUGUCUGAAUCGGAAGGAGAGGAGGGGAAGGGUGUGAGACGGUUCACCAAGCAAAGAACCGCGUCUGGAACGGAUAUGGGUCGGUUUAAAGGAGGCGGUGAUGUGCUUAUAACGGGGUUUGACUCAAGUGACGGAGUAGGAGAGGAGGGGGGAAUGAGGGGUGGAGGGGCAAGAGCAGGUGGUAGUUUCGGCAGCGGCCGCACAGGUAGCAGUCACACGGGCAGCCGUCACACAGGCAGCAGCAGUGGCAGUGGCGUCACGGGGUUCAGGGGCGGUGGGCUGGGUUUUGAGUCGACUCAACACACAGGGUUCAGGGGCGGCGGGUCGGGGAAUCUUAUAGCGAGUGAGCAGCUGGGGGUGGAGACGGUUGAUAUGGGGCAGAUGGAGCUGCCUGUAACGGGUAUGGCGGGGUUUUGGAGUGAGGAGGAGGGGAGGGCGACUGGGGAGCGUGCGAGAGGGAGUGAGUGGAGCAACAGAGAGGGUGGUGCUAGUGGUGAUGCCAGUGGUGGUGGUGGAGGAGGGAGUGGGGGGAAGGACAGGCAGCAGGUGCUAAACAAGCAGCAGAGUUCCUCUGUCCACGCUUCCGCCGCCCAGGGUUUGGCUGUGCAUGAUGCACCUGCGUCUUCCUUCGCCUUCCCCCCCAGCCACAGCCCCACGAUUGCGGGAAAUAGCUCCUUAAAUGCAGGAAAUUAUUUCUCACCCCCAGGGCAGCUUCUGGGACUCCUCAGAAGCAAUUCAGGUUUACCUUCCGGGCAGAAGAAAUCUUUGAUGCCGGAAAGCAGGGAGAGCGGGGCGAAAGAGAAGGAAGAAGGUGUGAGGGACGGGGCGACAGGCGAGGAGGGGGAGGAGGAGGAGGAUUCAGAGGCAGCAGCAGCAGCAGCAGCAGCAGCAGUGGCAGCGGGAGUGGGAGCGGAAGCAAGGAGCAGUUUCAGCUUUAACGUGCCUCGCUCCCUUGUGCCUGUGUCUCUUAGCUGGAGUGGUGCCACUGCCACUGCCACUGCCAAGUCUGGUGCUGCUGCCCCUGAUGCUGUUUCUUCUGCUGCUGCUGCUGGUUCUGUCGCUGCUGGUGGUGGUGGUGGUGGUGGUGGUGGUGCUGGUGAUGGUGGUGUGGAGGCAGUAGGGCAUGGGGGGAUGGGGGGCGGAGGAGCAAGCAUACAUGGGCCAGUGGACGAAGGGGGUAGUUUGAGCUCGGUUUGGAUGGGUAAUGCCGCUGCCGGUGGUGCCGGUGCUUCCGGUUCUGUUGGUGGUGCUGCUGGUAGUGGUGCUGUUGGUGCUGUUUCUGUUGGUGGUGCACAUGUGAGUGGUAGCAGGGAUUGCAGCUGGGAGGGCAGUAGAGAAGUCAAGAGAGGUGACAGGGGUGGUAGCAGCAGUAGCAGGGAAGACAGUAGGGGGCAUAGCAUCAGCAGCAGGGGUGACAGUAGGGGUGACAGCAGGGGGGGCAGCAGGGGGGUGAGCAUGAGCAGCAGGGGAGGCAGUUGUGAGAUGGUGCAUGUGGCUGCGGUGGUGGAUUUGCAGCUGUUUCACAUCGGAGGGAGCUCUGACCUCGUUGCUACAGUGCACUUGCCACCUCUUUCCCAAGCCACAUCCCCCCUCCCCCUCCUCACUCCCCAACGUCCCCACCCCUCGUCCUCCUCCUCUCCCUCUCCUCUCUCCUCCCCCUUCCCUCUCUCCUCACACUCUCCUCACUCGCCCUUACCGCCCACCACCCAUUCCCAUCUUACCCCACAGCCCCCACCCCCCCAUCUCUCCUCAACCCACCUCAUCACAAGAACUUCGUUACAGUCACCUGCGACAAGCUCUCUAGCGUGGGAGAGUGCUUCCUCUUAUCAAGAUGUGCUUACAACGGAGGCUGUGGAGAGGGGCAGGCCACUUCUCGACCUGGCAGGCAUAGGGGCUGUGACUCUAACGUGGGAAGAGGGGAGGGUUGCCCUCUGCAACCCUGUGGCCAAUAGGAUGCUUGCGGGGAGAUUCUCGGCCAAUGGGGCGGCUCUGGGCGGAGUGCCAGCGUGGCAGGUGGAAGGGCGGGUGCUGAGCGAUUUCGUUGAUGAAGCCUCGCGUGGUGCUUUCGUGUGGAAGGUUGAGUGGGGUGGGGAGGGUGCAGGCGCGCGCAGCUCACAGCAGGAGGUGCGGGUGCGAGCAGCACAUGGGGCGAGGCAGGAGGUGUGGCUUCUGAAGCCCCCCUCCUCCUCUCGUUCACUGCUCUUCCCCUUGUUCUGCCUCUCUUUCCUCCCCCCUCUCUUACAGUCCGACUACACCAGUGUACACAAGGGCAUGGUGCAGCGCACGCAACAGGAGGUGCGAGUGCGAGCAGCAGACGGGGCGAUCAGAUGGGUGCGACUCACAUGCCAGCGCAUCAGAGCAAGCUCGCCGGUCAUGAUGCGUUCAGAGGGUGAAUCACUUCACAACAGCACAAGUGCGGAGGGUGGUGUGCCUUCGCAUCCGUGCAUCAGCACAUCCCCGCCACUGGUCACAACGAGUGCUGAUGGCUGCCCGACUCACAGCACCGUUGCAAGCUUAUCGGGCCAGAGUGCGGAGGGUGGUGGCGCUCCUUACAGCAGCAUUGCAGGCUCGCUAACCACACAUGGGAGGGGUGAUGCUUCUCAUAGCAGCCCCGCUCGCUGUUCCGUAGGACAAGGAGCAAGCGAGGGGGAAGGAGGAGCUGUAGCAGAAAGGGCUGUAGCAGGAGGAGCUGUAGCAGAAAGGGCUGUAGCAGGAGGAGCUGUAGCAGAAAGGGCUGUAGCAGGAGCUGUAGCAGAAAGGGCUGUAGCAGGAGGAGCUGUAGCAGAAAGGGCUGUAGCAGGAGGAGCUGUAGCAGAAAGGGCUGUAGCAGGAGGAGCUGUAGCAGAAAGGGCUGUAGCAGGAGGAGCUGUAGCAGAAGGAGCUGUAGGUGGAGACGUUGCAGCUGAAAAUGCCAGAGCUGGGGAGGCUGCAUCUGUGGAGGCUGCAACUGAGCUGGUGAACGAAGGGAAAGGGGAAUUCGGUUUGAAUGGAUACAGAGGUGAUGGGAGGGGUGUGGUUAUUAAGAGACCAGGAAAGGGGGAGGAGGAGGUGGAAUGGAGAGAGGAAGGGAAGGAUGAGCGAGAGGAGGACGAGAAACAAGAGCAGGAGGGUAAGGCACAGGAAGAGGAGGACGGGAUGGAGGAGGGGAAAGAGGAAAGGAAAGAGGAGCGCGAGGUGGGGGGUGAGGAGGGGGGAGAUGAGGAGGAGGCGACAGCGAGGGAGGUGCAGGUGCUGUGUCUCCUGGAGGAUAUCAGCGACAGGAAGACACUGGUAUUAGGUAGCAUGGGAGGAGCAGGCGCUGUGUCUACUGGAGGAUAUCACGUUCCCUCCUUUCCAUCGCUUCUCUCUCUCUCCCACCCACCCCCAUCAGGAGCAGAGCAUGUGGAAGUACAAGAUGAUGGUGAAGAAUCUACCGGGGGAGCCGUUUUGAUGACCAGGGCGCUGGACAGAAGGCAGGAGGUGCUCAUCAACUCUACUGCCGCCCACCUGCUGGGGUGCCCCUCUCACCUGCUCACGCUCCCCCUUUCUCCGUCUAUCCCUUGCUCCCUUACCUCUUCACAGGAGCAGAGCAUGUGGAAAUACAAGAUGAUGGUGGAGAACCGCUUUGCCUCUCUCACUCACUCCUUCCCUUAUCACUCUCGCCUGCCCACCCCUGGAGCAGAGCAUGAGCAGAGCAUGUGGAAAUACAAGAUGAUGGUGGAGAAUCUACCGGGGGGCGCCGUGCUGAUGACAAGAGCACUGGACGGCCGACAGGAGGAGCAGAGCAUGUGGAAGUACAAGAUGAUGGUGGAGAAUCUACCAGGGGGCGCUGUCUUAAUGACCAGAGCGCUGGACGGUCGACAGGAGGUGCUUAUCAACUCCACCGCCGCCCACCUGCUGGGGUGCGCCCGAGGGGACAUUGACAGCGUGGAGAAGUGGUUCCGGGCGCUGCAUGGGCGGGAGAAUGCGGCGAAAGCGCAGAGGAAGUACGAGGGGAGAAGGAUGGGCGCUGCGCGGAACAACGUUUUCAAUACUGUGCUGCCCAUUCGGCGCAAGGACGGAUCCAAGGUGCUGCUGGAUGCCACAUCCUACUCGCUGGGAUUUGGCGAUAUGUGGCUGGUGAAUGACAUCACAGAGAGCCGCAAGAACCAGUUCAAGUUCAAAAUGCUCUUUGAGCUCUCGUCCGACCCGAAAUUGCUGCUGACAAAGGAUGGUCGUGUCUUUGACUGCAACCAGGCGGCAGUGAGAAUCCUCAAGUGCCCCACCAAGGAGUCCCUCCUCGGUCGCACGCCGUGGCGCCUCUCGCCUCUCCAGCAGCCCACCACCAAGCAGCCCGCCUCCGCUCUUAAAGCCAUUCUCGCCCACCUCGCCGCCUCCAACCAGCCCUCCAACCGAUCCUCAGGCUCGGGAAACUUCUAUCCGGGCCUCUCCGGUUCGUCGUCACCGUUUCCUGCCACCCCUGCCGCCACCGCUGCUGCUGCCUCCGGCUCAGCGGGUGGUUCGGCAGGAGUCUCAGCAGGAGGCUCGGCGGGAGGCUCGGCAGCAGCAGACGCAACCAGUGGCCUGGCGGGAGACUCGGUGGGAGGCACGGGGAACAGGUGGCGGCGGUUCGAGUGGGUCUUUCGGGACGAAGAAGGAGGAGAAGUGCUGGUCGAGGUCCUCUGCCGCAUGGUCGAGUUCUUCGGUGAAAAUGUCUACCUCAUGGUGUGGCAUGACAUAGCCGAGGUGAAGCGCAAGGAGGCGGACUUGCAGCGGGCAAAACUCGAAGCGGAGAAGGCGAGUUUAGCGAAGACCCAGUUCCUGGCGAAUAUGAGCCACGAGAUUCGGACCCCGAUGAACGGCGUGAUCGGGGUCGCGGAGCUGUUACUGGAUACGCCCUUGUCGGAGGAGCAGCAGAUGCUGGUGAACACGAUCCGGUCGUCGAGCCAGGGGUUGCUGCAUAUCCUGUCGGACAUUUUGGACCUGAGCAAGAUAGAGAAUGAACGGAUGGCGCUGGAGUUUGCAGAGUUUGACGUGAGGGAGCACCUUGCGCACUCGCUGGCGCUCUAUGAAGUUUCUGCAAGAGACAAGAAGCUGCAGCUCAAAUCCCACGUGAGUCGCGACGUGCCGCUGAAAAUCCUAGCCGACGCAGUGAGGGUGAGGCAGGUUCUGCUCAACCUCGUAUCCAACGCCAUCAAGUUCACCGCCCGCGGCCGCGUCACCGUGCGAAUCUCCACCGUCGAUCCCGCCGACUCGGGCGGCAGUGGCGGCGGGCGGCGGCGCGAGUCGUUUUCGUCCCUAGCGCCGCUGCUGCAGCUGGAGGAGAGGCGGGGGGAGCCCGUGGAUAAAGUCCUGCUCAAGUAUUCAGUGUCAGACACGGGAAUCGGAAUCUCCAAGGACGUGCAGGGGAGUCUCUUCCAGGCGUUCACACAGGCCGACAACACCACGUGCAGGCGGUUUGGCGGCACGGGGCUGGGCUUGGCGAUCUGCAAGGCUCUGGUGAACCUCAUGGGGGGGGAGAUCUCUGUCUCCAGUGUGGAGGGGCAGGGAUCCACCUUUGAGUUCACCGUCUGUGCGGGAGUGAGUGAGGACGUGGGCCAGUGUGGGUCAGUGAGUUCGCGCCGUCUGGCCCUCACCAUACCAGCCACAGGUUCGGAAAAGAGCAGAAGCAAGAACAAGUUAAAAGGUGCAAUUAAGGGAGGAGCCCAAGUCUCGUCAGGUUCGGACCAGACGUCCAGCCGAGGUACGGCAAGCACCGGACCAUUUUCCCCCACCACAAUCGCCCAGGCCAACGCUUCUGGUGCGUACGGAAUUGCCAAAGCUGCUGCCGGAGCUGCAGGUUCGGCAACCAGCCUCGGAACCACUAGCGGCCGAAGCAUAGCUGGUGGGCGGCAUCGCUCGUUUGAAGAAGCAACGCCAGUGCUGCCGGCUGUAGCGCGGCAGUGGAGAGUGCUUGUAGCAGAAGACAACAAAGUCAACCAGUUAGUGGUAACCCGCAUGCUCAAGAAUCUAGGGCUCAGAUUCGACGUCGUGGACAACGGGUUGCAAGCUUUGGAAGCUUGUCUUAAGAGUAGAUACGAUUUGGUUCUGAUGGAUUGCCAUAUGCCGGAAAUGGAUGGGUUGGAGGCUACUAGGAGGAUUAGGAAGGCCGAGGCAGAGAGGAGUUGUCGGAGUGAGGGGGAUAGCCGGAGUGAUUGUAGUGAUGGUGAGAGCAAUGAGAGACGGAGGAGGGAAGAUGGGGAUGCGGGUGCUACUGGUGCAGCAGCUGCUGCUGCUGGUGCUGCAGUGGCGGCGGGUGAUGGGUUGAGUGGGAGUGGCAGAAGCAACAGGAGCAGUGGUGGUGCUGGUGGUAUGAGCAGGAGUGGCAGUACUAAGAGGGCAGAGAACGCUGGUGGGCUGAGCAGGCGGGAUAGCGGAAGGGGCAGUGGUAGGUUUAGUGUGGUGGAGAACGGCAAAGAUGGAGGGUUGGGGGAGCAGGAGCAGCAGGAGGGAGAGCAGGCGCCAGUGGUGAUAGCGGCGCUGACAGCGAGUGCGUUUGACUUUGAGAGAGAGGCGUGCUUUGCUGCGGGCAUGAACCACUUCCUCACCAAGCCCAUCCGCCCCAAAGACCUGCAGCAGCUGCUGCUCUCCCUCGCCACACCCUCUUGA